AAAUGACACAUUUUCGAAGAUACACGGCCAUCUUUCUUUUUUCGUAAAUCCUCACACAAGUGACAAGAGCACAUCAACAUGCAGUUGUUUGUACGUGGUUUGGAAUGUGUCGAAACCCUUGAGGUUCAACAAGAUGCUAAUAUUGCUGCCGUUAAGGCUCAAAUUGCCCAACUCCAUGGUUAUGAUAUUGAGGAAUUCACUUUGAAUUGUGAAGGCAAUGCUUUGGCCAACGAAACCCCCAUCUCUGCCUUGUCCUCCUUCGAAUUGGAUAUCACCAUCCCAAUGUUGGGUGGUAAAGUGCACGGUUCAUUGGCUCGUGCCGGUAAAGUUAAGGGUCAAACCCCCAAGGUAGAGAAGCAAGAAAAGAAAAAGAAGAAGACCGGUCGUGCUAAGAGACGUAUCCAAUACAACCGUCGUUUCGUCAACAUUGUACCCGGAUUCGGUCGUCGUCGUGGCCCCAACGCCAACUCUGCUUAAGCGGAAGAUGGUGUGUCUCACAGAUAAUUAUUUGUAGUGUAUAUACAAAACUAAAAAUCAUUUUAGCUUUUUUUCAAAGUAAACAAAUACAUAAAAAAACAAACAAACAAAAAACUAA